GAAGGGUAGAGAGGGUGGACGCGCGCACACCGGAUCACCGGGAGCGGACCGGAGAGAAACCCGCGGACACAUUUUUGUGACAUAUGAUCAUAUUCAUCGGUCAUCUGAGAUAUGAAGGGUUAUUUUUUAAAUCAUGAGUGAAAUAUGAGAAUGAGAGACAUGAGAUCGCGCGCACCGGCCUGAUCGCGCGCGCCCGGCCGAAUCAGAUUCACCUCAGUGAUAUUAUUCAGCGUUAUCAUUAUAUUUAUAUAAUUCUUAAGGAUUUCUACAAGACAUUGUGUUCAAGAGAGCGAAAGGAGGAGUGUGUUAUAAUAAACACUGAGAUGGAUUCGGACACAGCCGCAGACUUCACCGUGGAAAACGUGGAGAAGGCUCUGCAUCAGCUCUAUUAUGAUCCCAACAUCGAGAAUAAGAAUCUGGCUCAGAAAUGGCUGAUGCAGGCUCAAGUGUCUCCUCAGGCCUGGCAGUUCUGUUGGGUUUUACUGAGACCAGAGAAGGUUCCAGAGAUCCAGUACUUUGGCGCCAGUGCCCUUCACACCAAGAUCUCCCGCUACUGGAGCGACAUCCCGGCCGAGCAGUAUGACUCCCUCAAAUCCCAGCUCUUCUCUCAGAUCGCUCGCUUCGCCUCCGGCUCUAAGAUCGUCCUGACCCGGUUGUGCGUGGCGCUGGCGUCCCUCGCCCUUAACAUGAUGCCUGAGGCUUGGCCGGGGGCUGUGUCUGAAAUGGUGCGCAUGUUUCAGGAGGACGGCGGUGACGUUGACGGACGUGCUCGCUGCUUGGCUUUACUGGAGCUCCUGACGGUUCUUCCAGAGGAGUUUCAGACCAGCCGGCUGCCGCAGUACCGCAAGGGGCAGGUGAGGGGCGCUCUGGGCAGCGAGUGGACGGCCGUGUACCCACUCUUGCAGCAGUUAUUACGGCAGCCGGACUCUCCGUCACUGGUCAAAGCCCGCGUACUCAAGUGUCUGUCCAGUUGGGUUCUGUUGGACGUCCCUCUGAAUGAGAGCGAGGGCUUAGUAGAGGCCAGUUUUACCGCGCUGGCGGAUCCAGAGCUGUUCGAUACGGCGGUGGAGGCCAUCGUCAACACCAUCUCACAGCCCGACUCACAGAGGUAUGUGAACACACUCCUGAAGUUGGUGCCGCAGGUGCUUCAGCUGCAGGAACAGUUACGAGACGCCGUUCAGAAUGGAGACAUGGAGACAUCGCACGGCAUCUGUCGAAUCGCCGUCUCUCUGGGAGAAAAUCACUCAAGAGCUCUCCUGGAGCAGGUGGAACACUGGCAGAGUUUCCUGGCACUGGUGAAUAUGAUCAUGUUCUGCACUGGCAUCCCGGGACACUACCCUGUCAACGAGACCACCAGCUCUCUCACGCUCACCUUCUGGUACACACUGCAGGAUGACAUCAUGUCGUUUGAGGCGGAGAAGCAGGCCGUGUAUCUGCAGGUCUACAGGCCGGUGUAUUUCCAGCUCGUGGACGUUCUGCUUCAUAAAGCUCAGUUUCCCACAGAUGAAGAGUACGCCUCCUGGUCUUCAGACGAGAAGGAGCAGUUUAGGAUCUACAGGGUGGAUAUUUCUGACACGCUGAUGUACGUCUAUGAGAUGCUGGGAGCUGAAUUACUCAGUAAUCUGUAUGACAAAUUGGGGCGACUCCUCACCAACACAGAGCAAACAACAACAUGGCAGCACACAGAAGCGCUGUUGUACGGCUUUCAGUCCAUCGCUGAAACGAUAGAUGUGAACUAUUCAGACGUGAUCCCAGGACUCAUCGGCCUCAUCCCGAGAAUCAACAUCAACAACGUCCAGCUGGCUGACACCGUCAUGUUCACAAUAGGAGCGCUGGCGGAGUGGCUGGCCGAUCAUCCGGUGAUGCUGAGCAGUGUCCUGCCGCUGGUUUUACAGGCGCUGGGGAAUCCAGACCUGUCUGUUUCCAGCGUCUCUACACUCAAGAAGAUCUGCAGAGAGUGCAAAUACGACCUGCCGCCGUACGCCACCAAUAUAGUCGCUGUGUCACAGGAAGUGCUUAUUAAACAGAUCCACAAGACCAGUCAGUGUAUGUGGCUGAUGCAAGCUCUGGGUUUCCUGCUGUCGGCUCUACCUGUUGAGGAGAUCCUGAGGAACCUUCACUCUCUGAUCACUCCGUACAUCCAGCAGCUGGAGAAACUGGCGGAGGAGACGCCAAACCCCUCCAAUAAACUGGCCAUCAUUCACAUCCUUGGCCUGCUUUCCAAUCUGUUCACCACACUGGACAUCACCAAACAGGAGGAGGAGUCAGGAGAGAACGCCCCGCCCAUCAAAUCAGCACCGCCUCCCACAGGCCCAAAUCCGGUGGUGGUGGUGCUCCAGCAGGUCUUCGCUCUCAUACAGACAGUCCUCAGUAAAUGGCUGAACGACUCGCAGGUUGUGGAGGCGGUGUGUGCCAUCUUCGAGAAGUCUGUGAAAACUCUCCUGCAUGAUUUUGCGCCGAUGGUGUCUCAGCUCAGUGAGAUGCUGGGCCAGAUGUACAGCACUAUACCACAGGCGUCUGCACUGGAUUUAACCCGCCAGAUGGUUCACAUAUUUGCCAGCGAAACGAAUCACUUUCCUCCAAUCAAAGCACUGUUUGAGCUGGUCACUUCAGUCACUCUGACCAUCUUUCAGCAAGGGCCCAGGGAUCAUCCUGAUAUUGUUGAUUCAUUUAUGCAACUCCAAGCUCAGGCUCUCAAACGGAAGCCCGAUUUAUUCUUGUCAGAGAGUCUUGAUGUGAAAGCUGUUUUCCACUGUGGAGUGCUGUCUUUGAAAUUCCCAGAAGCUCCUACAGUCAAAUCCACCUGCCUUUUCUUUAGCGAGCUGAUCCCGCACUGCGCAGAUGUUCCUCCUGUGGCUCGGGUGGUGCAGGAGGAUGGAAAGCUUCUGCUGGUAGCUGUGCUGGAGGCCAUCGGCGGUCAGUCGUCCCGCAGUCUGAUGGAUCAGUUUGCAGAGGUGCUCUUCUGUCUGAAUAAGCACUGCUUCGCUCUGCUGACGGUGUGGCUCAAAGAGGCUCUGCGUUCACCAGGCUUUCCGUCCUCACGUGUGUCAGAUGAGCAGAAGAACACCUUCAGCCAACAGGUGCUCAGGGAGCGAGUGAACAAGCGACGAGUCAAAGACAUUGUGAAGGAGUUCACACUGGUGUGCCGAGGACUUCACGGGACUGAAUAUGCAGCGGAUUACUGAAAACCCCCUCCAAAAAAAACUACAAUUCCCAGAAGCCCCUGGAAAAAAACUGAUACUGUGUCGGAAACUGAAGCGCCAGGCUUCUGGCUCUUCCUCCAGCUCUCUCUGUCUCUUUCAGCCUCUCUCGCAUUGGGAUUUCGGGCCCGAACAGUCAACGUUUCCCACAAUUACGGCAUGUUCGCUGGAAACCGUUCUCCGAUUAUCCCGCGUUCGAUCUUCCGUGGCUCUUGGGCUGUUUUUUUUCCGCCCUGUGAUCAUUUGCAUCCAUUUGAAUGAAGAAAUAGCAUUAGAUCAAUGUUUUUAUUUUUGAUUUUGGACAUAUAUACACAAAUAUAUAUAUCAAAGUAUAUAUAUCUAUAAAUAAAUGCACAUAAUAAUGUA